AUGCGGACCGGGAGGACUACACCAGUAGGAGUUUCUGAGCGUGCCAAUCUUUCGCGUGCCUCAAUAACGACCCGAAAUGAAUCCGCAUCAUCAAAGCCAUUUACUACCGAUUGCGAGUCAUUAAUCAAGACACCGUUGUCGUCACUCUCCAGGGAAUACCCUAGUGACUACAAUGACCUCGAAUCUUUCGCAAAACGUUCGGUCGAGGAACGCCAAAGGAAAGCGAAAGAGGAAGGGAAGGUAUUGAGGCCAUUGAACUCGUAUAUGCUGUAUCGAAAAGCGUACCAGCAAGUCGCUCGGCGAGUACUCAGCAAUGAUCAGCAGCAACUUGCCUCCAAGAUUGUUGGUAUAUCAUGGAACAAAUAUGAGCCGAAGGAGAUAAAGGACAGAUUCAAGUCUCUGGCGAAAAUCGAUAACCAAAUGCAUCGUAAAGCAUUUCCCGCAUAUAAAUACACCCCUAAUCAAGCAAAGAAGCCAAAGAGCGGCGCCCUCGACUCUAAGAAACUGUCAACCUCAAUCGAGCGCCGGGUAUGCCGACGAUUCAGUAACAAGGAAGCAUAUUCUCACGGAACUCCGGGAAAGAAACUUACUCGACCAAGUCAUGUAGAAGCGCUAGGGCAGCAUCAAUCUGGUGAAGGGAACAUGAACAUUAAGUGGUGGACACAGGGGCCACUAAGCUUCGCAAACCCUUUGAUGUACCAAGGUGGGCAUCAUGAUCGCUAUGAGCAGCCCUUCGCUGCGGACUCUAGGUAUUUUGAGUCUCAAUACCCCGACGUCCUCGAUGAUGCCUCUUUCACCCAAUUACCAACUCAACAGGUACCACUGGCUGCGAACACGCAUGAGCGCCUAACUGGGGACGAAUGUAUUGCACCGCUGUUCCUCCAGUCGUUUGAAAACAUGAGCACUUCCCAGAACCCUGGUGGAUAUUUAGAUUGGCAAUCCCAAGAGACGCAGGCAGUCCAUGACUUUUCUCCUAUUUCGCCUGACAUGAAUGUUGGCCAAGCGGCCGACCAUGCAUAUGAAGGGCAGGAGGAGUGGGCAGUUCAGCAUAUUGAUGAACGACAGAAUGCUUUUGGCUGGCAUCCAAGCAGCGAACAGAGAAGCAGAUGA